AUGGACAACCAGGCCGGAGAGCAGAAGCCGAAGCAGCGUCGCGUGGCCGACCGUGAACGCAAGCGCGCUGUAAGAGCGUGCGAUGGCUGUCGUCGCCAAAAGGAAAAGUGCGAUGGAGGCGUCCCGUGUCGGCGCUGCAUUCGUCUCCGGAGACAAUGCGAGUUCCACGGACCGACCAUUCGCCAGGCUAUCCCGGGUCUCGAGCCCGGCAUUAGGCCGCAAGUUCAACCCCAUGACAAUGCGGACGCAUCUCAACGACUAGCUUAUAUGGAGAAGCUGCUCGCCCACUAUGUCGGCAAUGAUGUUUCUAUGGACACGGACAACCUCCGUGGGCUGGUCGAGGCAAUUGAGAAAGACCAGAAGAUGGAUAUCGUCGACCACCAGCCGGCGUCACCAGGCACUGAUUAUCUCGAAAACGAGGAUGGCAACGUGGAUGAAGUCUUCACUGUCAAGGCCCUCGGGAACAACAUCACUCACUAUUCGGGCGAAUUCUCCCAUUGGAACUUCUCCAUGAGAAUCAAGGAGUGGAUUGAGCAAUGCAUCCCUGAGCACCGCAACGAGAACGGCGAAGUCCCCAAUUUCAAAGAAUACUACCGUGCGGAGGAGCUGCAGUCGCCCUCUGGAAUGAUAUCGGCGAUUGGCGCCCUCCCCCCUCGUUAUGUCGCCGACUUCCUGGUGCAGGCAUUCUUCAAGCACGCCGAGACAAACUACUUCUACGUCGAAAAGGGCUGGCUUUUGGAGAAGCUAGAGAUUGCGUACGAGCACCCCUCCGCCUUCACGCGACGGGACGUCGGCACAGUAUGCAUUAUUUUCAUCGUCCUUGCCAUCGGCACACAAUACGCCUACCUCGAUUCUCUCACUGAAAACGGUGGCGACCAGACCCAAGGAGGGUCCACCGGCCCAUUCUCCGAGGAUGCGAUCGGUGUCAUGUUCUACCAACAGGCGUGCAAACUUGUUCCAGAUGUCAUCACCCUCUCGUCGCUUGAGAGUGUCCAGGCCUGCCUUCUCAUCGGCAUCUACACCCUCCCCCUCGACGCCUCUGGGUUAUCUUACAUUUAUCUCAAUCUCGCUGUCAAGCUGGCCGUACAAAACGGAAUGCACAGAAAGUACCCCAACGAGGGUCUGGACCCAGUUGUCCAUGAAACGCGCAACCGUGUGUGGUGGACCGCGUACACGACUGAACGGCGUGUUGGUAUUUUCCAUGGCCGGCCGACUUCUAUCUCUGGAGCGGACGUUGAUACCGAAAUGCCCAUCGAGCGGUCCGACAUAUGGCCGCAGCGGUCAUCAGUCUACAUCGCCGCCAUGCUUGCGACAUUGCAAUUGCACCAGUUGCUGGCAAGAAUAUCGCAAGAGAUAUCCACACUCAAAGUCUCACCAAAGCAGAGCGCUGGAGACACCAUGAGCCGGCUCGUUGAGCUGAAAAACGACCUUCACAAAUGGUGGGGUGGCCUUCCCAAUGAGGUCUUCUGCAAGAACCCCCCGCCACAUGCAAAACCCAGCCGAUCAGACAUGCAUCUGAAACUGGAGUGGUGCCUCGUGCGCAUGUUUACCGGGCGACCGUUCAUUUUUCUUCGCAUGCCUUCACGGAGCAGCGCCAGCUCGUCGAGCUCACCCAAUGAUCUGCCUCAUCGCGGCAGCUUCAGCAGCAGCACCCGGAAACUCGACUCCAAAUCUAUCCUUGUUGCCGACUGCGUCGAGGCCUCGCUCACCGUGAUUGACACGUGCGAGCUCCUCCGGAAUACCAUCGGCCUCGCCCGCGCCUCUUACACCGAGUUCAGCGCCUGCCGCGCUGCCCUGCUCGUCAUCAUCACGCAAUGCCUCCAAGAGAAGACGGAGAGAUUACGACAAUGCCUACGAGACGGGGUCUCAAUGAUUAAACUGAUGUCCGCGGGAGGCGAGUCGGCGCGCUCCGAGGCGUCGCUCAUUGAACUCUUUGAGCGGGCCAUUGCUCGACUCGACGCCUCCUUUGACAACGUCGCAUCCUCUUCCGAAUCCGACUACGCGCGAUUCAAGAAGUGGGAAAUGCUCUGGAAGAAUGACUCCCCUGGCACCGACACCAGGGGUGGACCGUCCGUGCCAGACACGCCUGCCCCCAUCCCCCCACCUCUCAGCAACCUUUUCAGCGGAGCUGGGCCGUUUGAUCGAAACACGGUGCCUGGAAUGACACCAUCAACGGCGGUGGACUGGAAUUUCGCGUCAUUCCCGCAGACGAUGGACGAAUUCUCAUCCAUGUUUGGCCACAGCGGUUUCGGACCCAGCCCUGGCGACAUGACCAAUCCCCACGGCCUCAAUGGGGGCGGCCACGCCUGGAUGGGUCCCUGA